AUGGUUCGAUUAGUCUUUCGCCCCUAUACCCAGGUCGGACGACCGAUUUGCACGUCAGGACCGCUGCGGGCCUCCACCAGAGUUUCCUCUGGCUUCGCCCUGCCCAGGCAUAGUUCACCAUCUUUCGGGUACCAUCGCACACGCUCUAGCUCCACCUGCCCGGCGGUGCGGGCGAGACGGGCCGGUGUUCUUUUCAACUUUCCCUCACGGUACUUGUCGACUAUCGGUCUCGUGCCGGUAUUUAGCCUUAGAUGGAGUUUACCACCCACUUUGGGCUGCAUUCCCAAGCAACCCGACUCCAAGAAGAACCGCACCCCGGCGGGGCGGGGGCCGCUACCGGCCUCACACCGUCCACGGGCUAAGCCUCCAUCAGAAGGACUUGGGCCCCCGGCCCGCGCCGAGAGAGCGGUCUUCUGUACGCCACAUUUCCCUCGCCCCGUGGCCGGGGCGGGGAUUCGGCGCUGGGCUCUUCCCUCUUCGCUCGCCGCUACUGAGGGAAUCCUUCGGGUUGUCUCGCCUGACCUGAGGUCGUACUCGGAGGGGGUCGUGGCGGCCGCUCCGCUAUCCCCAGAGGGACGGGAGGCUGGCCUGAGUCGAGUCGGUCGCCGCCGGGAGCGCAACGCACGCCGUCGGGAAACCCCCACGGACGCGCGUCCCCCCCCACAAACGACGGCGUCCGCCCGUCGGCGCGAGAGUUGGGGGUCGAGACCCCCGGUCCUCGCAGAACCGAGCGGACGUGUCGCCGCCGCCCUCCCCCCCCCAGAGGGACGGGAGGCUGGCCUGAGUCGAGUCGGUCGCCGCCGGGAGCGCAACGCACGCCGUCGGGAAACCCCCACGGACGCGCGUCCCCCGCAACGACGGCGUCCGCCCGUCGGCGCGAGAGUUGGGGGUCGAGACCCCCGGUCCUCGCAGAACCGAGCGGACGUGUCGCCGCCGCCCUCCCCGCCCCCCAGAGGGGACGAGAGAGACGGAGGGAGCCCUCCCACCAAAACGACGUCCGCCCACGGACGAGAGUUGGAGGUCCCCGUCGCGCGGGCAGCGGAGGGGGUUCAGACCCACCGGCAGCCGCGGAGGGGAGGACCUCCGGUCCUCGAGCCGCAGACGAGGCGCCGCCCUCCCCCCUCCCCCGUAGGGGAGGGAGAGAGACGGUGGAAGGGGCCAGAGGAGGCCGGGGCGGGAAGCGGACCCGGGGCGGAUCAACCAGGUAAGCCCAACCGUGCGACGGUGGGGGGCAAAAAAGGGAACAACCGCAGCGCGCUUGAAUCCUACACGCGGGUCUCGCUCCGCGAGGAAGAGGGUGAGGGCACACCCCGCUAUGCCUCGCUGGUGCGGCCGCUCAUAGGGCGACCCGUAAGGGGGAAAAGUGCGUUUCGCGGGGACCGGGGGAGUGCGGCUGGCGCCCGUAGCGCCGAGGGCGGACACCUAACGAAACCCUCGCCGCAGGCUCCUCUCGGCCCGCCGGUACCGAACCUCCGAGACAAGACCGGCCGUCUGAGCCUCCCUAUGAAACGUCGGCACCCCGGAGGGGCCUUCUCGUGCGCGCAUCAAAACGGACAAGGCGAUUUCGCCCUCGGGUCACCGUACCAAACUUUUUUCGCCGUGCCCCUAGGAACACCCAACCCACAGCGGCCAGUGCUUUAUGGCAAAGCGGGACGAGCACCUUCUCGGCCGGGCGGGGUCCUAGCUCGGGCGCGCUACGCGCUCCAAUCGACCAGGGGGACGUGGACCUCGGUCAUUUUGCGCAAAGCGCUCCAAAACCUAAGUCCACCAAAUUUGCCUUUCGGCGAAAUCGCGACGGCACCUCAAAACGGCUUCCCCUAUCGGACCGAUCUCCAGGGUCGCGGUCGAAUCUGGAACCUGCCCGGGGACGAGGCGCCUUCCCCGGCCUGCUGCGGCGACUCGGACACCCUGGAUGUUUGGCCCGAGCCCCCCUUUUCGACUUAG